UUCAUACAUUGCUUCCCCGCAGCGUCCCGUUAACUUACUACUAGGGAAACGGGGUUCGCGAUGCAGUAUGCAAGCCCGCUAUCACUAGGAAUGGUACCCGUAAUCUUCCUAAACUCCACAAGCCUUUGUCUUGACCUAGCGGCCCCCAGCGCGAGCUCUCCCGCGUUCCUCUGAUUGGCGUUCCCUGGCUGCGGCUGGCCCCUGUACUCGGCUCAAGGGUCGCUUCUGUCAGGAAACCUACGCACGGUCCUGGUAUCCCCGCGACACCUGCGUUUUCUUAGCUCCCGGGCCGUCGCCUUCCGCUGCUCUCAUGCCCAGUGAAAACCCGCACAGCUGGAGCGGGAGAGUCGCCCUCACGCCGUGGGGCUGGUUCAGGACGUAGUGACUAGGAUGUCAGGGUCCUGUAAGACCGGAGGAGAUGAUGCUGUUCUUGUCCUGGCAAAGAGACUCCUGGAGGGCGAAAGAGCUUUCUUCUCGUCCCGCAGGUCCCAGCAGGACCGGAGCCGGGCAGAUGGCACACAGCUCACUGUAAAAGUUUCUUUAUCGAAGUUUCUACCAACACAGUAGCGUUUAAGAGCUCAGCUUCUGAUGUUCUAAGGAGUUCUGGAUUCUUCCCUGGGGCCUGGUCACCUGCUGUGCCCUUAGGCCAGUUAUUUGCUCUUUCAGACCUAGUGGUCUUAUCUGUAAAAUGGGAAUCGCAUUUGUAAGUGACAGCCCGCGCAUAGAAAGUGAUUUUCACAGUGCCACAUCAUAGUAAGGAUUUAGUGAGAGUUAGGCUUUGUUUCUGAUGGCGGAGGAAGGUCUCAUUAUCCCAGCUUUGUGGGUGAGGGAACUGGAGGACUGAGGAACUUUCACUGAACGUCUGUUUACUCAUGCACUGUUAUCUGGGGACAGACACUGUGCAGCCUGGGGUUACAGCCCAGAACGAGUCACACAGGAUCCCUUCUGGGAUGGAGUGUCCUUCCCACUGCGGGAUUCAGGAGAUACUCAAGUAAGAGAUGCAGAACUCAGGGGAUUUCAGAUAGCAAUCAGUGCGGUGAUGACGAAGGAAUGGCAUAGUGUCAUUGAGAGAGGGAGGGGAAAGCAAGGUCUUUCUGAAGAGGUGACACUUGAGCCUCGUCCUGGUGGAUAAGGAGCUACUUGCACAGCGACUGUUCCAGGACACGCAAAAGCCAGAAGCAGAAAAGAGCCGGAUGUGACUGAAGAACAGAAAGGAGACCAGUGUGUUCCCAGCAUGCUGAGCAAGAAGAGUAUUUAAGAAGCUCAUGGAGUAAUAUGAGUCAGAGUAAUAUAGGAUCUGAAGGAAGUCCUUCAAGAGAGUUGGAAAAGAAGACUUUCUAGACUCUUCAUCAAGUUCUUCAUUUACACAGCUGUUAAAUCCAAGGCUACUGUGGUGAAAGCAUGAAUAAAAAUACAUCUACUGUGGUGUCAUCUGGUCCACUUGAAAAGGACCCUGCCUUUCAGAUGAUCACGAUUCUGAAGGAAACAGGUCUUGGUCUGAAGAUCCUAGGAGGAAUUAAUCGGAACGAAGGUCCAUUGGUUUAUAUACAGGAAAUCAUUCCUGGAGGAGACUGUUCUAAGGAUGGACGUUUGAAGCCAGGAGACCAACUUGUUUCAGUGAACAAGGAAUCUAUGAUUGGGGUAUCAUUUGAGGAAGCAAAAAGCAUAAUUACUAGGGCCAGAUUGAGGUCAGACUCUGCUUGGGAGAUAGCAUUCAUAAGACAAAAACAUGAUGGCAGUCAUUCAGAAAAUCCAUCCUGCACAUCCCUUCUACAUGCUUCAGGAGAAAAUGGACCUGAAGCCUCAACAUUUAGCAUUCUUUCUUCUCCCCCUGAAAUGCUACUUCCAAAGACGUCAUCUACUCCCAAAACUCAAGAUGCCAUUUUACCUUCUUUUAAGGUAAGUCAGACAAAAACUGGAUACAAGAAAGCAGAAUAUACUUCAAUUACUUCUUCAGACAACAACCCUACAGAUAUAUCUAAUUCAGGUACUGUUGCUGCCUGGACUGAUAAUUAUGGGCCACAAGGAAAGAAGAUUUCCCUAAAUCCCUCUGUUCGCUUGAAGGUAGAGAAACUGGAAAUGGCUUUAAAUUAUCUUGGCAUUCAGCCCACAAAGGAACAGCAGCAAGCCCUGAGAGAGCAAGUACAAGCAGACGCAAAGGGGACAGUGUCUUUUGGAGAUUUUGUCCAGGUUGCCAGAAACUUAUUUGCCCUGCAGUUGGAUGAAGUAAAUGUUGAUACACAUGAAAUUUCAAACAUAUUAGAUUCACAGCUUCUUCCCUGUGAUUCUUUAGAAGCAGAUGAAAUGGAAAAGCUUCAGCAUGAAAGAAAUGAUGCCUUGGAAGAAGUGAACACACUCAAGGAAAAACUAUUUGAAUCAGAGAGGCAAAGGAAACAAUUGGCAGAAGAACUCCAGAAUGUAAAACAAGAAGCCAAAGCCGUAGUUGAAGAAACAAGAGCUCUGCGAAGCAGGAUUCAUCUUGCUGAAGCUGCACAGAGGCAGGCCCACAGAAUGGAAAUGGAUUAUGAAGAAGUGAUCCGUCUGUUAGAGGCCGAGAUGGCAGAGCUGAAGGCUCAGCUUGCUGAUUAUUCUGACCAAAAUAAAGAAAGUGUUCAGGAUUUAAGAAAAAGAAUCACAGUACUUGACUGCCAGUUGCGGAAAUCAGAAAUGGCUCGAAAAGCUUAUGAGGCAUCCACUGAAAAACUUCUUCAUUUUGUAGAGGCCAUUCAAGAAGUAUUUUCUGAUAAUUCUGCUCCCUUAUCAAAUUUAAGUGAACGAAGAGCUAUGUUCACUUCUCAGACUUCCCUGACACCACUGGGAAGGAGUGGGAGAAACAUGCCCGCAACCCUCCUGCAUGAAUGUAAAGAACUGGUUAAAUCCGUCCGCGCCAUACUUGAUAUGGACUGCUUACCUUAUGGGUGGGAGGAAGCUUACACAGCAGAUGGAAUCAAGUACUUCAUCAAUCAUGUAACACAGACCACAUCCUGGAUCCAUCCCGUGAUGAGUGUCCUGAACCUGUCCUGCUCAGAGGAGAAUGAAGAAGAUUGCUGUAGAGAACUUCCUGACCAGAAAAGUUGAUGGUAUUCUGUAGGAAGUGGAGCCCUUACGAUCUUCCAGCACCCCGUCUUCAAGUAUGCCUUGAGCAGGAACAUGGAGCACCCAGUUCUGAAAUGCAACAGUCUAAAAUAGAGGUUAAACACAUACUCCUUGUUGAAGUAUGAAGUGGAGACUCGAUUGAGGGUGUUUUUGUUAAACUUUUUGAUAUUACUAAAUAUGUUUAAAAAAUCAAUUACCACUACACUAGCUGGUUAGGAGAAAUCUAGUCCUGUGUUUUGAAGUCACAUGCAAUUAGCCAUUAUCAUAUGUAUGCUUUUUUCUUAUAUAAUUAGAUCUUUAUAAUUUUAUAUGUAGCUUUUUAUAGAUACCAGAUUUUUUUAAGAAUUAUAUUGAAAAUUUUUGUGAACAUGAUGAAACACUUCAUUUACUUGAUAUUUCACUAAGCCAUUAUAUUCAUAUCUUACGAAAGUGAUCUCAGCAAGCUUUAGGGGUUUAGGGAUCACAUUUACACAUCAAUCUCACGGGCUACUGGAUACCGCUUAUGUCUUUAUGGGGCUUUCUAAUUGACAAGAUGCUUUUCCUAGCUCAUUUUAUUUAAACCGUACAACAUGCCUGUGAGGCUAAUCUAAUGGGUACUUUUUAAUUCUAAUAUUUCACUUAGGAAAAUAUUGGUUCAGAGAGAGGCAGCACCCUGGCAGGGUAGAGACUCACAACUAAGUCUUCUGAUUCUAUGUCCAGGCCCCUUUCCUCCCCACACCCUGCUGUCCCGCCAGAGGAGACAAGCAGAGCACCAUGGUUCUGUUGAUGCAGCUGGCUGCACAGCUGUGCAUUCCAGAGACAUUCAGAAGGCACCUUUUCAUUCAAGCAUGGCCCCUCCAUAACCCCACUCUUUUCCCCCUAUGAACCCUUCCUGCUUCUGCACCCCCCAAACACUCACCAGGUGGGAGCCCCCUUCUGUGAUGUCAUUUCAGCAGGCUGCGUUCAGCAUCUCAUAUGCUUCUAAAGUAAAGGGGCCAGCAUUGAUGAGUGGUUUGCCCUACUUAGGUUGCCCCCGCCGAAGGAGCAUUUGCAAGCAGUUGGUGAGAAGAGGGGUAUCCUAAAUACUGUUACUCUGCUUGACGUAAGACAGAGGCUUAGAGCCCUUUAAAUAUCAUGGAAGACUCAUCACCAUUUUAUGGAUGAGUAAACCGAGACACCAAGAGUUCAUAGAGUGAGUUAAUGGCGAGGUCAAGAUUACACCUAUGUCCUGUGUCACUUACUGCUGAAUUUUAUAUGUCUGUGUUCAUCUAUACAUUCCUGAAUAUAUUUAAAAUUUAGGGCUUAAUGUCUAGAGGGAUAAUAAUACAAUGUCAAAUUCAGACUGACAGGCAGUCAUUAGCCCUGAGAAAAGUUUCAGAAUGGCUGGAGAGGGCUUGUGUUUGGCCUGACAGCUAUUUGAAUAUUAAGAAGCCUCAGGGAGACUCAUUUUGAGAGAAGUCCCCAGAGAAUGCUGUUUCCUUGCACCCCUCAGAGGUGAGUAGGUUCUCAGAUGCCUGGGGUUCCUUUUCUGAGUUAGUAUGUAUAACUGUGGAAGUACAGACUUUUUGUUGUUGCCAAAUUAAUGGUAUGACAUUUGCCUCCCCCUGCUAGGAAUGUUUUCUAAUUUGUUUCUCCGGUCACUUGAGAUCAAGGUCUGUGGGCACGUAUUUCACUGCCACCUCAUCCAUUAGCUGCUGUUUGCUACGACUUUUAUCCCUGUUUUACCAAAUACCUACUUGAAAAGUCUUAGGAAAACUGUAAUAUUUAUGGAGCGUUUUGUGCCAUACUGAUGAGGAGUUUGCUUAUAGCAUUUUUUUUUUUUUUUUGACAGGCAGAGUGGACAGUGAGAGAGAGAGACAGACAGAGAGAAAGGUCUUCCUUUGCCGUUGGUUCACCCUCCAAUGGCCGCUGCGGCCGGCGCACCGCGCUGAUCCGAUGGCAGGAGCCAGGUGCUUCUCCUGGUCUCCUAUGGGGUGCAGGGCCCAAGGACUUGGGCCAUCCUCCACUGCACUCCCGGGCCACAGCAGAGAGCUGGCCUGGAAGAGGGGCAACCGGGACAGAAUCCAGCGCCCCGACCGGGACUAGAACCCGGUGUGCUGUCGCCGCAAGGUGGAGGAUUAGCCUAGUGAGCCGCGGCGCCGGCCGCUUAUAGCAUUUUAUUUUCUUCUUAAAACCACUCCAUGAGAUAGGAACUGUAAUUAUCCUCAUUUUGAAAAGAAGAAACCUAAGUUUAGAGAGAGAGUUGGGAGUCCUGGCCUCAGGGUCACCUAGCACCUUCAUGUAGGACCUGGGGUUCACGGCAGGUCUGUAAUUCCAGAGCACAUUCUCAAAACCAAUGUGCAGAGCUCCUUAGAUUCAUGGUCUGUGGGUCAGUUUUAUAAAAUAGCAGAUACCAGUUCAGUGCCUUAAGGAACUUUCUGGUAGUUAGAGCUCAUCAAAACAUAAUUCUCAGGAGAGCAUGGAAGCAUUGUUCCAUCAGAUUACAAUUUAUCUGAACUCCUUGUUAUGGGAAUGUUGCUGAAGAGGUUCAGGAUCGUGGACCAGUUUAUACUUCUGUGACCUCUGCACCAAUAAGAUAAGAAUGUGCCUUAAAACACAUUCAAAGAAACAGUGGUAAAAGCUCUGUUAAGAAUUCGUUUCCAGGAGCCAGUGCUGUGGCACAGAAGGCUAAGCCUCCAUCUGUAGUGCCAGCAUCGCAUACGGAUGCCAGUUCACAUCCCAGCUGCUCCUCUUCUGAUAAGUUCUCUGCUUAUGGCCUGGGAAAGCAGCAGAAGAUGGCCCAAGUGCUUGGUCCCCUGCACCCACAUGGGAGACCUGGAAGAAGCUCCUGGCUCCUGGCUUCAGAUCAGUGCAGCUCCAGCUGUUGCAGCCAUUUGGGGACUAAACCAGUGGAUGUAAGACCUUUCUGUCUGUCUCUUCCUCUCUCUGUAUUUCUGCCUCUCAAAUAAAUCAAUUGAUCUUUAAAAAAAAUCCUUUUCCAAUGCAGAUAGAGCCCCCCAAGUUAUUUUUUGGUGACAUAUGCAAAGCUACUCUUUUUUUUAACACACAAUAAUGCUGUCAGUAUGGGCAUCAAAAACUCUUCUCCAUUGCCCACUGACUCAGAUUGUAGGGCUAGAAUAUCUGAAUAUUACUAUGUCCCUCCAUCCCACUUCCUUAGAGUAGCCAUCCUGCUCAUUCAUUCCCUGAAGAUAGGCACUGGGCACCAACAGGGUGGCAGGUACUGUGGUAAAGUAGGGCAGUAGCUCAUUUCCUGGGGUCUGCUUAAUAUUCCUUUUUUUUUUUUAACAUAUUCUUAGCUGGAAUUAAGAAAGUUCUUUUUAAUUUUUGAAUUAUAAAAUAACCUAAUUUUGUUUUAAAAAAAAAUGAAGCACUAUGAACAUGAAUAAAGUAAAAGAGUUAUCAUCUUAUUUUCCAGAGGUAGCCAUCACCAAUACUUAGGUGAAUAUUUUUACUCAAAGGAAAUCAUAUUGUUAAACAGCUCGCUUUUCACUUAGUUAUUGUGGUCAUCUUAUGUCAAUACAUAGAUUAAUGUUAUAUUUUAAAUGUCUGCAUAAACUGUCACUACCAAGAUAACCCAUAAUCUGUGUAGCCAAUUUUGUUGAUGAACACAUAAGAUGUAUUAAAUUUUUUUCUAACAGUGUCACAAUAAAUCACUUUCCUUAUCUUUCUCUGCACUCUAGUGCCAAUAUGUCUGUAGUGUGAAUACAUUCAGAAAAUAAACCAUUAGGUUAAAGUGUAGUCAAAACUAGGCGAAAGGUGCUUAUUCUAAUUUUGGUAGAAGGAUGGGCAUUUGGCACGGUAGUUAAGAUGCCACUUGGGAAGCCCACAUCCCAUAUCCGAGUUUCUGGGUUCAAGUCCUGGCUUCAGUUCCAGUUCCAGCUCCCUGCCAUAAUGUGCACUGUGGCAGGCAGCAGGUCUGCAGGUGAUGUCUCCAUUAGUUAGGUCUUUGCCAUCUACAUCAGAGACCAGAUCUAAUUCCCAGCUGCCGGCAUUGGCCUGGCCCAGCAACAGUUGUGGGCAUUUGGGGAUUGAACUACCAAAUUCAUUCCCUUCAUUCUUUCUCUCUCUCUCCUUCUCUCUCUCUCUCUUUCUCUGCCUUCCAAAUAAAUAAAAUUUUAUAAAAAUAAAAAUCUGCAUUUUGAUAGGUUUUCAUAAAAAUUCUCCUAGAUAGAAGUAGGACCAAUGUAUGCUACCACCAGUAGUGUAUGAGAGCUUUUUUUCUAUAUGAGAGGACUGUUUUUAGUCUAAAGAUUAUAAGUAGCUUUUCUGAUUUUUUUUAACCCAUGGAAGAGAGAGUUUUCCAUCAUUGUCCGAGAACCUGAAUUUUUUAUUCAUUAGGUUUUGAGUUUCCUUUAGCAGCAGAGACUGACUUGCUGCAUAUAGGGCAGUCUAAAAGUGAGCAGUUCUCUAUAAAACAAAUUCACCUUUACUAUCAUCUUGUCCUACUUUAUGUAGAACAGUGAGGAGGACAAACUUUUAGGUGAGCUACCUUGCAUGAAAACCCUCAGUUAAGUGCAACACUGAAUACAAAUGCACCUGCAAGUUCUUUGGGCCUCAGUUUCCCCAUCUCUGGCUAACAGGGACUGUAAUCUUUUGCCUCCUCCCAAACCAGUUCAACUCAGCAAACAUUUCCUGAGCAACCUAUGAAAUGCCAGACAGAAUGCAAAGUUUUGUGACCAUGCUGCAUAGCCCAGAUUCCCAAAUCAGAGAACUCAUCAUCUAUAAUCUUUUUCCUGUCUUUUCUUUCUUCUCAAAAGAAAAAAAAAGCUGCUAUUUUUUUUCCAUAAAGGAGAAAGAAGUGAGGGGUUUAUUUGUUAAGAACUUCCAAAGAGAAACCCUUUAUCACUCUCUUAAAUUUUAAUAAUUCCAAAAUAAUAUUAGUACUGCUUGACUAGAAAAGAAAAAAGGGAACACGCUGUAUAAAGAGAUUCUCCAAUAAUAAAUGCAAAGCAGCUGUCAAAAUAGAGAGUCAAAUGAUACUUUCAUAAAGUGUUUGCACAAUUAGAAAAUGUUAUCCUUUUUCUAGGGAGUAAAGGAACAUUUUUAUUUUCUCUAUUAAGUGAAUACAACUUUUUCAAGGGUCGGCACACUUGACGUUUUUACUACACAUAUACAGAAAGAACCAAACUAACAUUGAAACAGCCUGCAUGUUGUCUUGCAUAUUGUUUUGGAGAAGAUGAAAAGAAUUAAACAGAAUAUGCCUGUGGAUCUUUACUUUAGAAAAGAGAUACCCAAGGUGUUUGAACCACAACCAUUCCACAUGUAACAUAAUAAUGUGUCUGUAUGAUGAUUUUAUAAAUAUUAAAUGUAAUACUGUGUAAUAGGACAUUUUACAUUUAAACAAAUACAACUUUUGUUCAUUUUG